CAAUCGGUGGGUGUGCUAUCAAAAUGUCAUUGUUGGGGUCAUCGUAUCACUGUCAGCUCUAACAAAAAAUUCUGUGCGUUUUUCUAUUGAUCUCGGAAACUGUAGCUUGACAAAAACCUUUUUUGCAUAAUUAUAACUACGCGGAAGCAGCAGACGAGAUAAAUAGCUAGUAUUAAGAGCAGAGCCAUCAUCUAAAAGUCGACAAUGAGCAUGGACGCUGGUAACUCUGUGGAAAGCCGCGAAAAGGAGCGCGACCGUCGUGGACGCGGUGCACGUGGCUCCCGCUUCUCGGACGCUGAUGGCAAUGGAAACGCCGGUGGAAACCAGGGAGGUGGUGGAGGAGGCGGUGGCAACAAUGUUCGCGACCGGAGCCGCGAACGCCGCAAUUGCCGCGUUUACAUUUCGAACAUUCCGUACGACUACCGUUGGCAGGAUCUGAAGGAUCUGUUUCGCCGCAUCGUCGGCUCCAUUGAGUACGUGCAGCUGUUCUUCGAUGAGAGCGGCAAGGCGCGCGGCUGUGGCAUUGUGGAGUUCAAGGAUCCGGAGAACGUACAGAAGGCCUUGGAGAAGAUGAACCGCUAUGAGGUGAAUGGACGCGAGCUAGUGGUCAAGGAGGAUCACGGCGAGCAGCGCGAUCAGUACGGCCGCAUAGUGCGAGAUGGAGCCGGGGGCGGUGGUGGUGGAGGUGGCGUUGGCGGAGGCAAUGGAGGUGGCAACAAUGGAGGAGGUGGCGGCGGUGGUCGUGACCACAUGGAUGACCGCGAUCGUGGUUUCUCCAGGAGAGACGACGACAGAUUAUCUGGGCGUAAUAAUUUUAACAUGAUGUCAAAUGAUUAUAAUAAUUCGUCGAAUUACAAUUUGUAUGGGCUUUCUGCUUCGUUUUUGGAGAGUCUUGGCAUAAGUGGACCUUUGCAUAAUAAGGUUUUUGUUGCUAAUCUGGACUACAAGGUGGACAACAAGAAGCUCAAGCAGGUCUUCAAGCUGGCCGGCAAGGUGCAGAGCGUAGACCUUUCGCUGGACAAGGAGGGCAACAGUCGCGGCUUUGCUGUGAUCGAAUACGACCAUCCUGUGGAGGCUGUUCAAGCAAUUUCCAUGCUGGAUCGUCAGAUGCUUUUUGACCGUCGUAUGACCGUGCGACUGGACCGUAUUCCGGAUAAGAAUGAAGGCAUUAAGCUACCUGAGGGCCUGGGAGGUGUGGGCAUCGGCCUGGGACCCAACGGCGAGCCACUCAGGGAUGUGGCCCACAACCUGCCCAACGGUGGUCAGAGCCAGGGCCAGUUGCUAGGCAACGCUCAGCAAGGAUCUCAGCUUGGAUCGGUGGGUAGCCAACCCAACAGCAGUGCUGUUAGCAACGCCACCACGAACCUGCUAAACAACCUAACCGGCGUUAUGUUUGGCAAUCAUGCGGCAGUGCAGCCAUCGCCUGUGGCUCCGGUGCAAAAGCCUAGCCUGGGAAACAAUUCCGGUACCGGCGGAUUGAACUUAAACAACCUGAAUCCCAGCCUUCUGGCUGCCGUAGUCGGCAAUCUUGGUAACCAGGGAGGAAAUUUAAGCAAUCCCUUGCUGAGCUCGUCGCUGAGCAACCUGGGUCUCAAUCUGGGCAACUCCAGCAAUGAUGACAGCCUGACUCCAAGCAAUGUGGGUCUUUCAAAUAAUUACAGCAGCGGCGGCACCGGUGGUGGCAAUAACUACAGCUCUGGCAACAACUACAGCGGCGGUGGCGGCUCCAGCAACUUGGGAUACAAUGCCUACAGCAGCUCUGGUGGAGUGGGCGGUGGCAACGGAGGAGUUGGUGUAGAUGGCAACGACUACAACACAGGCAAUCCUUUGGAUGUCUAUGGCGGCGGCAGCAACGUGGGCAACUCCAAUGUUGGCUCUGGCAAUGCUGUCGGUGGAUCCCGAAAGUCGGACACGAUCAUUAUUAAGAACGUUCCAAUGAGCUGCACUUGGCAGACACUGCGAGACAAGUUCCGUGAGAUUGGGGACGUUAAGUUUGCGGAGAUCCGCGGCAAUGAUGUGGGCGUUGUGCGUUUCUUUAAGGAGCGCGAUGCCGAACUAGCCAUUGCGCUGAUGGAUGGCUCCCGCCUGGAUGGGCGCAACAUUAAAGUAACAUACUUUUAAGUCAAGCAGUUAAGUUCCGAAAUAAUUCUUCGUUUCUUGGCGCCAAUUUACACUUCAAGCAUGACCACAUCCUCCGAUGACCAAUGAAAUGAGCUGAUUUUCCUUAUUUCACUCGCAAUACCGGAAAUAUUUUAUCGAAACACGCAAGGGCUUAUCCAAACAAGUGCAACCACAUAUUUGUAUAACUUUUAUAUAUAUAUUGGCAUAUUAAUAUACGGACAAAUGAUUAUUGACGUUCCAAAAAAGAAGUCCCAAUAAACCCAAGAC